CGCCCCCGCCCCCUCGGCCCGCGUGGCCCCGCCCCCUCCACACGUGGCCACGCCCUCUCCACACGUGGCCCACACAGCGCACCUCGCCCCGCAAACACACCCUGCCCACGCCCUACUCUCCGUAGCCCACGCGCUCCUCGGCCCGGCCAGCGCAAUCGCCAAUCCGACCGCCGAAAAAACCCUCGACGUGCUCCCGAUAGACGAGCUCACGAUGCCCGCCGAUGACGUCAGCGACCUGCGCGACGUCGUCGACGCGAUCAACCGACUCUGCGACACGAUGAAGACUUCACAUUACGACGAGGUCAGUGACGACUUUGAGAGCGCGACCUCUGACGAGUUACUCGUUGAGGCUUCGAAUAUGUUAGUUUCGAAUCAUGCCCCCGAAUCGCGAUCCGUGGAAACCACGGAUGCGUUCGUUUCGAACUACUUUUCGGAACUGCAGCAGGAGGAAACGUCGGAUUUGUUCGUUUCCAGUUACUUUUUGGAACCGCAACCCGCGGAAACUUCGGAUGUACUACUUUCCAACUACGCCUCCGAGCAGAUAGAAGUUAUGGACGUCGCUUCUAUAGUGAGCCCCGAGGAGGUCUCGAUACGGACGGUAGAUCCUUCCGAGCGCUGGAGCGACUCACUCCUGUCUCUGCCUCUAGAAACUAUCGCGUCUGAUAUUGAGCCGGCCGCCCAGUGUGAACCUAUCAGUGAAAUGUACUAUACGGCAUCCUCAGAGGUGUCGCUGCUGUCCGACGAGGCCCCUGAAAAGGUUAUUCCGGACCAGGAAUCUUUUGACGGGAAGGAGGAAUCUAAAGAUGGGAAGGAAUGCGUGAUCGCCGGUCACGUGGCAGCUAUGAGGGAACGAUUCGAAAGCAUGACGCGAACGAAUACGCCAUGUCCGGACCUCAUGAGGUCCUCUUCGCCUUCUCUCGACGUCUUCAGAAACAUCACGCCGUCGCCGGAUCGGUUAGGAUAAUAUUAAUAGUUGGGUACUACUUGGUCGUUCAGACUACACGGUCCAGGUCAACUUGCUACCAUGCGGCCGCUCACAUUACAAAAGAGCGUAAACAUUGCUUUGGCUUAGCGGAUAAUAAUCUAUGUUGCAUUCUGGCCUGGUCUGAAAGUCUGGCGAUUCUGGUCAGCCUUUGUUAGGCGACUAGUUAGUGAUCAAUUUUUAUAACCUCUUUAAAGUAUUCAGUACUCGUAUCGUGUAUUUAUCGGUUGCUAGUCCUCGUGUGACACCAUUAUAGAAACUAACGUGCCAAGAGUUUCACACUUAGAGAAACGGUUGUGAUUAUUUUUGUAGCUUCAUCGUAUUGCAAUUUUGAGUGCAUCCACAUCGGCAACCUCGUAAAUGGAAAGUCCUUCCACUUCUUCGGGUGAAUAUGUAUAUCGGCAAGUAGUGCCAAGUCAAUGAGUUUGCGGACGAGUAACUAAAAAGAAUUACACUGGUCAACAGUGGU